UCUUCUUGGCUUCAUCUGAAACUAAACCUCAGACUUUCAAUCAGGAUUGAAAGUCUGAAUUUUUCUGAAGCCCCUUUCCCCAAAUACACUUUUUGGUGAAUUUAUGCCUAAUGUUUAUGAAUUAGGAAAGCAUAAGAAUUGCAGACGAAUUCUUGGAGGGGUUUCCGUUGUUCCUCUGUAUGAAAUCGAAUCCGAAUUGCUGAGUUUUGUCAGCAGAGUUUUGUGAUAAUGGCUGGGGAGCACUCGGAAUCUUCGCCGCUGAUGGCGCCGACGCCGAUCUCGGACCCUUCUGAAAUUGACCUCGAGGCGGGUCCUGAUGAGCAAAUUCAAUGCCGAAUUUGCCUCGAAACCGACGGUAGGGAUUUUAUUGCUCCUUGCAAGUGCAAAGGGACAUCGAAGUACGUUCACAGAGAAUGUCUGGAUCAUUGGCGUGCUGUAAAGGAAGGUUUUGCCUUUGCCCAUUGCACAACUUGCAAGGCUCCUUAUUAUAUGAGAGUACAUGCUGUUGCUGAUAGGAAAUGGCGAACAUUGAAGUUCCGAUUUUUUGUCACUAGGGAUAUUCUGUUUAUCUUUUUCUCUGUCCAGCUGGUUAUUGCUCUAUUGUCGUAUCUGGUGUAUCUUAUAGAUGCUUACCAGAAAUUUUGGCUUCGUCUGACCUGGGGUUUUGAUAGCGAACUUAGUUUCUACUACAUAUGUGGGGCAUUAUUGUUUUUCUCUUUGCUGGGUUUAUCCGGUUGCUUCAUAACUUGUUAUGACAGAAGAGUGCGCAACGAUUUAGCUCAGCCGUGUCGAGAAUUGUGUAUUUGUUGUUGUCAUCCUGGUAUAUGUGCCGAUUGCCAUUUGCCUGGCACUCUUUGUAUGUGGACCGAUUGUACCACAUGCUUUGAAGGUUGUGCUAGUGCGGCUGGCGAAUGUGGUUGCUUGGGAGGUGCUGGUGAAGCUGGAUUGCCAUUACUGUUUAUAUUGGCUAUAAUAGUACUUGGUUUGUUUACUGUCAUUGGUAUAUUCUAUAGUGUGUUGGUCACCACAAUGGUUGGACAACGGAUUUGGCAGCGACACUACCACAUACUUGCAAAAAGAAUGCUAACAAAAGAAUAUGUCGUUGAGGAUGUCGAUGCUGAGAUGGCCGGAGCCGAUUGGUCACCCGCACCUCUGCCCCCUGAGCAUGUUCAGCAGCUGAAAGCGCUUGGGCUUCUAUGAGACGGGCAACUAGUUCAACAAGAUGUCCGUACAUAGAGAUGGAGUGACGCGUUUAGGUUGGUAUCUCCUUAAACGUCUGCUACUAAUUAUGAGGAAUCAACAAAGAGAAAUCACACUUGCUGUUGUUUGUUUAUGUUCAUAAUCUUAGCAUAGGGGACGUAAUUGUAUAACUGAUGUGAUCACCGUUUUUUACAAUGUGAAAGGAAAGAAUCGAUGAAUAUUACCGAAAACAGUGAGAAGGUUCGUAUGUAAUUUCUUGUUUGUCCCUCUUUGUCAUUUUUAAGGCUUCAUUGUAAGAUUCGAACACCAGAGGUGGUUGUUUAUUGCAGAAAUCAUUCUCUUGGCUGAUAAUUCAUGGUUAUGUUCA